AUGAACGACUUUAUUAAAAUCGUAGAAAAAGAAGUAAAAUCUGCUACAGAUUAGAUAGAAAUAGAAUCAUUCAUCAGAAAAUUUAUUUAUAACUAUUAUCAAACAAACUAAUUGGUUGAUUAAUUAGCAAGAGAUUGUGUAUAUGAAAAAAUCAAUUCAGAUAAUUCAAUAGUUCUACAAGAAGGAAUCUAUUUCAUUAUUGCUGGCUAGUAUUAAUUACCAAAAAGAUAUAUCAAACUACCGAAUUUCUUAGUCAUUCCAGCACAUGAAAAAGCUAUUAUUUUUGCUCAAUCUGAUAUUCAUUUUUUGUCAGUCAAAACAAAUUUUAGUUAAUGUCUAAGUCAACUAAAGGAGUCAAGAGCGGAUAUAAUUAUUGAUUUUUUAAGAAAAACCCUCUUCCCGAAUUUUCCUCGGAAUAGCAUUGAAAGAAUCUCAAAACAUUUUUUUUUGAUAUCUCUCCCUUUUAAACAUGUGAUCUAUAAGGAAAAUGAAGAGAGCAAGUUUGUGUACUUGAUUAGAGAAGGAGAAAUCAAACUUCAAAGAGAUAAAAAAUAGUUAAAAAUAUUAGUAGAAAAUUAAAUAUUUGGAGAAUAUGAAGUUUUUUUUAAUAGAGUAAGGUUUAUAAAAGCAGUGAGUAAUUCUACAGUGUCACUCUUAGUGAUAAAAGCAGAAAUAUUUUUAACUUUGCUAAAAGAAUAUCCAAUUUUAAAGUAGCGGUUGUUAUGCUAAAGUGUAGUGAGAUAUGAACAGAUAUAUUCUCAACCAAACUAAUUUGAAAAAAGCAAAAACAGGAAAUAAAAUAAUAGUUUAUUAAAGAGAUAGAAAAAAGCAUUAAGAAGUCUUUCUCCAAAACAAGAUUGUAUAUAGAUGUUUGAAAUGUCAUAAUAAAUUUAAAAAGAAAGAGUGAGAACUGGAUACAAAGCUGUUCCUUUAUUUUUUAAUAAUAGAUUAUCAUUAGUUGACAAAUGUACGACUACUGUAUAAUCUCCUCAAAAUUCAACAAGGAGAAAAUUAGAGACUAAUAAUAGUGAAGUGUAAUUAAGAUCUUAGAGUCCAGCAACUAGCCAGAAAGUCUCAAAAAUAAUCUCAAGUAAGCAUAAUAUGUUCAGAUAACUACCAAGCAGAGAAUUCUUAUUAUAAAAUUUUGUAAAUUAAUCGAAACCUUAAUUUUGA